CGAUUCGAAUGCUUCCUCAGGCUUCGCGGUAUUCCAGAAAAUUCUCAGUGCUACAAGUGUUACAAGUUUUUAUACAUUUUUUGCUGACGCUUCCACAGUGUCGAGCACAGUUUCAGCGCGUUUGUGUUGCUUUCGUUCGCCCGAAGCUGCUCCUCCUCGUUCCUUGGUUUCUCGUCCACGAUUAUUGAUUGUUGAAAUGCAGCAAUCAUUCAGUCCCGGUGUUUUAGUUUACUUGGCGCUGUUCGCCAGCUGGGGAGCCCUCGUCGGACUUCUCAUCAACGAUUUUUGUUGGGAAUCUACUUUCGGGAAGGGCCAAGUGGACUCGAGCGAUUCUGAGGCACCCACGAACGACGGCGUGAUUUUAAUGGUGUGGGAUCCACAGCUCGUCUCGGAUUCGGACUCGAAUCCCGUGACGACCAAAAAUCUAAUCGAAGCACAACCGACGCAGCAAAGCAACCUGCUCGCGGAUGACCUUCAGCAAGAUAUUAUUGAUAUGAUCAGGAUGCUCGAUUUUAUCGGUUUGCUUCAUGACGCCGCUAAAGACGUCGAUUCGGACCACGCUCGGGAUGGCAAUGUUACCGGCGCCUACGUAAAAAUUCCUGCUAUUCGGGAAAAGGGAAAAGGCGCCAGAGGACCGGAGCUUCCGGAAGAAUAUAUCAAUCCUUUUCCGACACGCCCCGUUACAAGCGCACUGAGAGAACACCGACAGUCUCUGAAUCCAUUGACAGUGCAAUUUGAGCAUGGGCUCAACGACGACACGAAUCCGAGUGGAAAAAAGCUUUGAAAAGCCACCUGGAAGCUUCUCGAAGCUCGCAAGAAUCCUGGUAAAAACUAAUGUCAAUAGUGAUAGCCAGAAUAAUUUAAUUACUAAGGAAAGAUAUAUUUUUAUUGAAAUUGCUAAUUCUCAUUCCUGUUCGAAUUUUCCGUGAAAUAAAAAUUGUACAAUUUUCUUUGCUA